CUCAAACAAACCCUUUGUCAAUAAAGUUCGCAUCUUUUUGAUGAUGGGUUAUAGAAAAUUUGAUCUAUGCAUCUGGGUUUUGUCAAUCUUGAGUGUGGGUUGCUUCUGUAGUGGGUUUACUCCUGUAGACAAUUACUUCAUAGAUUGUGGUUCACCAACUAAUACUUCAGUUGGUAAUCGUGUUUAUCUAGCUGAUAAGUUAGCUUCGAAAUUCCUUUCAACCCCAAAAGAUGUUCUUGUCACUGGUCCAUUAACAAAAAUCACUUCCUUGGAUGAUUCACCGCUGUAUCAAACUGCAAGAGUCUUUACUGGGUCUUCAAAAUUCACUUUUUCUAUAGGCCAGACUGGUAGGCACUGGAUCCGCCUCUAUUUCUAUCCAUUCAUUUCGGGUAGUUAUGAUCUGAGCAAGGCCAAAUUCUCUGUUUCCACCCAAACCUAUGGCCUGCUUAGUGAUUUCAGUGUUCAAAACUCUUCUGUUAUGAAGGAGUUUUCAGUGAAUGUGACUUCGAGUAGCCUUGUUGUCACUUUCACCCCUUCGAGCGUUUCAUUUGCAUUCCUGAAUGCCAUAGAAGUUGUUUCUGUCCCCGAUGAUCUCAUUACCGAUGAUGCCAGCCCCACUCCUGGCAAAUUCCAGGGUCUGUUGAGUCAGGCAUUGGAGACAACUUGGAGGGUGAAUAUGGGUGGACCUAUGGUGACCUUUGAGAAUGAUACCUUGUGGAGAACAUGGGUUCCUGAUCAAGAUUUUCUAGUGAACAAGAACUUGGCCAAAGAUGUCUCAAAUGUUGCAGCUGUUCAGUAUGCAGAAGGUUUUGCAACUGCAGAUACUGCUCCUAGAACUGUUUAUGGUACUCUCACAGAGAUGAACUCAGCCGAUGAUCCUAACAGCAAUUUCAACGUGACCUGGGAGUUCAAGGUGGAUUCUGGAUUUCAAUAUCUGGUUCGCUUUCACUUUUGCGACAUAGUAAGUAAAGCUCUAAAUCAGCUUUACUUCAAUGUGUAUGUUGACUCUUUGAAUGUUGCUCAGGAUCUUGAUCUGAGUACUAUAACAGUUAACGUGUUGGCUGCAGCAUAUUACUUGGAUUAUGUUACAACAUCAGUUGCCAAUGACAAACUUCGGAUCAGUAUUGGUCCUUCCUCUGUGAAUAAUGCUUAUCCCAAUGCCAUUCUAAAUGGGCUUGAGAUCAUGAAAAUGAACAACACAGAUGGCAACCUCGGUGGAGCAGGCGGUGUGGUUGCUUCAAAUUCAAGUUCAAAAAGUAAUGUCGGAGUUAUAGUGGGUGCCAGCGUUGGAUCACUUAUUGCAGUGGUGUUGGCUGCUAUUCUCUUUAUUGUGUGCAGAAGAAGGAAGGAUAAAACAAACCAAGGCCAUUCCAAGACAUGGGCUCCUUUCUCCAUGAAUGGAACCAAUUCACACACCAUGGGAAGCAAGUACUCCUACGGAACAACUGCUAGUGCUGCUUCCAACUACCAGUAUCGCUUUCCUUUUGGUGUAGUUCAAGAGGCUACAAACAACUUUGACGAGAGUUGGGUUAUUGGAAUUGGUGGUUUUGGGAAGGUUUACAAAGGAGAAUUUAAUGAUGGAACUAAAGUAGCUGUCAAGAGGGGAAAUCCACGGUCUCAACAGGGCCUUGCAGAGUUCAGGACAGAAAUUGAGAUGCUUUCUCAAUUUCGUCACCGACAUCUUGUGUCAUUGAUUGGGUAUUGCGAUGACAAGAGUGAGAUGAUUCUGAUUUAUGAAUAUAUGGAGAAUGGGACCCUGAAGAGUCAUCUCUAUGGCUCUGGUCUACCCAGCUUAACCUGGAAGGCAAGACUUGAAAUAUGCAUUGGAUCAGCUAGAGGACUUCACUACCUUCACACUGGUGAUGCAAAAGCAGUUAUUCAUCGUGAUGUGAAGUCUGCAAAUAUCUUGCUUGAUGAGAACCUCAUGGCCAAGGUUGCUGAUUUUGGGCUUUCCAAGACUGGUCCAGAACUUGAUCAGACCCAUGUGAGUACUGCAGUGAAAGGGAGUUUCGGAUACCUUGAUCCUGAAUAUUUUAGAAGGCAACAACUGACAGAGAAAUCAGAUGUGUAUUCAUUUGGGGUGGUUUUGUUUGAGGUUCUUUGUGCAAGACCUGUCAUAGAUCCUUCACUCCCAAGGGAAAUGGUGAACUUAGCUGAGUGGGCGAUGAAAUGGCAGAAGAAAGGGCAGUUGGAGCAAAUCAUAGAUCCUACACUUGCAGGAAAAAUAAGACCAGAUUCUCUCAGAAAAUUUGCAGAAACCGCAGAGAAAUGCUUGGCUGACUAUGGUGUUGACAGGCCUUCAAUGGGUGAUGUCUUGUGGAAUCUGGAGUAUGCUCUUCAACUUCAAGAGGCAGUAGUUCCAGGGGACCCUGAAGAUAACAGUACCAAUAUGAUUGGCGAGCUAUCUCCACAAGUCAACAAUUUCAAUCACAUCGACACAACUGCAUCUCCUGGACAGUUUGAGGUCUCAAGUGUGGAUGAUCUUUCAGGUGUUUCCAUGAGUAGAGUAUUCUCACAGCUGGUAAAGUCCGAGGGUCGGUAACUGUUCUUCUGAGGUAGACUGUAUUCCACGAGUUUUAGCUUCUCUUCUGAUAAACUUUCGCAGAUUAAACCUAAUGAAGCAUUCUGAGUUCUGUUUUGUACAGAAGGGGUGGUGGUUUGAGUGUGUUAUGGCAAAUUCAUACAGAUUUUGUAUUUCUUAUUAACUUCGCACACAAUGUGAAGCAAACAUUAUAGAGUGGGAUGGUUCCAUAGUUUCUUCUCUGAACUCUGCAGCUUGUUUACAGCAUGAUUGCUUGAGGAAGAUAUUUCCAAUCCAAUGAAGUCUUCCGUACCAGAACCGGGUACAAAGGGUACAAGGUUACUCUUUCUUUUGCUGGUUUUUUUCAUUAAUAGCUUCAACAUUUUUACUUCAGUAGAUACGCUCUGUACAAGAGUGCAAGAUUUGUAUUAAUUAGACAGUUUGUAUUUUCUGGCUUGAACCUGUUCCUAUUCAAGUUUUACGCUUGUGCUAUUCAAC